AUGUGUCUCAGCUCAAUUUUUUGGUUACCGCCCAUAUUACGGGGGUUUUCGCCCUCCGAUGUAUGGCGGUGGCUUUGGACGCCCUCCGUAUUACGGUGGCUUUGGACGCCCUCCGUUCUUCGGUCGCCCUCCAAUGUUUGGUGGAGGUUUCAAUCGUCCGUCGUGGAUGCCAGGUGGUGGUCCCGGAAGUGGUCCUCCGAUGGGAUCCUCGAUGAUACCGCCAGGCGCGAUGGCCAGAGGUUGAAGAAGGUAAAAAAGGGCAAUAGCGAGAGUUUUUACAAGUGUUCUACUCGAAAGUCGUGUUCCAGGCAGUUGCAGUUUGAAUUAUUCAAACAAUAUCUCUCACCACCUUGUCAUAUUACGAGUUGUACAGGAAUGUUUGAAUGUCUAAUAAAGGUUCAUUCAUUUAAAUUGUAG